AUGAUCUUGGCGUAUGGAGUUUGUUCCGCCUUCGGUUGGUUUUAUUCCGCCGCACAUACUGUUAUUCCAUUCCUACUUUUAGGAAUAGGAAUAGAUAACAUUUUCGUUAUAACACAGGCUUAUGAUACAUUGGAGUCAAGUGGAGUUCCUCUUAGCCUGGGGAAAAGGUUUGGGAAAACGAUGGGUCACGCUGGUGUUGCUGUAUCGGUCACCACGUUUACCGACGUAUUCGCCUUCCUUGUAGGAUCUAAUACUGUUCUACCUGGCUUAGGAAUACAAAAUAUAGACAAAAUAUGGAUUUUUUAAUACUUCAAAACACGUC